AGGUAUUAUAAAAGCUGUGACAGGUCCUACAGACUGCGUCCGAUCGUGGACUAGUGCCAUAGGUAUUUUUGAUGUAAUGUAGUGCUUGUGCCAGGCAGCGAUGCUAUGGUAGGGCGACAUUUUCCUAUUCCAAAAGUAAUUCAUUUAUCAUUAAAUAAAGUUGACAAAAAUUAUAUAGUCAUGACGCUUCGUUAAGCCGUAUUAUGUUCACGAAGCGAUCCUGUAAAUGCAGAGCUGCUAGACACCGGAUGAUAAUGGAGUGUGACGUGUGACGGUCGCAGAUGUGUUGAGGAGUGUAUGAAAAUUGAUUGACCCCAAAAUGGCAGCGAUGUUAACAUGGCUAUGUACCUGUUGCUUGCGAUUCAAGUUCAGCCAGGAGGAAAUAGAGCAGCGAUUCAAGAGUCAGGAAAUAGAUCAAGAGUUGGAAAAAGAACGUCAGGAGAAAAGACGUGAAGUAAAAUUACUGCUACUUGGAGCUGGGGAAAGUGGAAAAUCUACGUUUCUUAAGCAAAUGAGAAUAAUUCAUGGAGUUAAGUUCGAGCCGGAACUUAUCAAGGAAUAUCAGCAUGUUAUCUAUCAGAAUAUCAUCAAAGGAAUGAAAGUGCUCGUUGAUGCUCGUGACAAGCUUAACAUCCCUUGGGAAAAUCCUAAGAAUUAUGAUAUUGGUUAUCAGUUGCUUAAGUUUGAAAAUACUACAAUCUUAGAUACUAAAUUAUUUCUACACUACGUUUCAUCCCUGCAAAGUCUGUGGAAUGAUGCUUCAAUUAAGCAAGCCUUCGAUCGAAGACGAGAAUUCCAGCUGAGUGACUCUGUGCAAUAUUUUCUUGACGACUUGGAAAGGAUUGCUCGUGUGGAUUAUAUACCGACGCAACAAGAUAUUCUGCACUGUCGAAAAGCUACAAAGGGUAUUUCUGAGUGUGUUAUAACAAUAAAGAAUAAAGCGUUCCUGUUCGUUGAUGUCGGUGGACAGCGAUCACAGCGACAAAAAUGGUUCCAGUGUUUCGAUUGUGUCACAUCAAUCCUAUUCCUUGUAUCUUCCUCUGAGUUUGACCAAGUAUUACUGGAAGAUAGGCGAACGAACAGAUUGGAAGAAUCAAAGAAUAUUUUUGAUACGAUUGUGAACAAUAUCCUAUUUGAAAAAAUAUCAAUAAUUUUGUUUUUGAACAAAACGGAUUUACUUGCCAAAAAAGUGCGAUCAACCGACACGGACGUCCGUUGGUACUUCCCGGAAUUUAUUGGAGAUUCACAUUCCAUGAAGGAUGUACAGAAAUUCAUCUUGAAUAUGUUCAUAUCGGUCAGGAGAGAACAUAAAGCAUCGUUAUUCCAUCAUUUCACCACAGCUGUAGACACUGAAAAUAUAAAAGUUGUUUUUAACGCUGUCAAAGACACAAUACUGAUUCGAAACUUGCAGUCGCUUAUGCUACAGUAAGCUUCUUUGGAGUUUUGGAAUCUCACUGUGAUUAGUUCGAACCAGAUCUGAAACCUUUGAGGACUGGUGGCUAUCAAAAUAGGUAAACAAAAUAUGGAAAAGAUAAGGCACUAUAUGAAAGUUUGGAGUUUAUUAGUUGAGCAUUGUAACGAAUUGGUAAAAUUUUCAUGAACUCUAUACUAAUAUUAAUCAAAUUAAUUGACUACAACAUAGAUACUAUUUAGUUGUGAUAUUUCCGUUCUCCGGGAAACGGUUGAUUUUGCAAUUUCACAUUCUAUUUCAGAAAUCAUCAAAACUUUGUAACACUCUUUACAAUUUUGUAUUUUCAUAAAAUUUUUCGAAUUUCCCAACUUUAAAGUGGCACUUUGAUUUGUAUUUUACAUUUACAUUAUGUUGAAAUAUGAUAGUAGCUUCUUACGCAUACGUCAAGUUUGGCUUUGUUGAGUUAUUUUUACAACACUCUUUGUUAAAUAACGAAUAUGUUUUAUGGGAUAGUACACACCGGGCCUUUCUGCAAUAUUUUUAAAAUCUGUGCUACAAAAUAACAAGUUUUAAAGGUCCCAGACACUACUUUUGUCAACUAUUAUAUUUAUCUUCUACUAUCAUAGGAAAAACAAGAACAAUUGCGUAUACAUGUCGCAUCAUCUAUCGCUAUCAUCUCCUAGUGCUAAACGAGAAACUGCCUGAUACAGCUGAUACUGAUAUAAUAACCAAAAUGAAAAAUUUAUAUAAACAUAUACACGUAUUAUAAGAUAUUCUUCCAUCCCAUUUUGAUACACAUAUUGAUCAAUGGUCUUUGUAAAAAGUCUAAGCUACAUACAACAUAGCGUGUAUAUAGUAAUAUUUAUCGUUAUCAAAUAAUUUCAGUCGCAACGCAUUCACAUAAGUAUAUUUAUAUAGGAAAUAUUAAAUUACAAACAAUUGUAACUUAGAGUUUUGUAUAUUGUACAGAUGUUUAAAAGAAUUCCCUUUAGGUCACUGUUAUUAUUAUUAAUAUUAUUAUUUUUAUUGAUAUUAUUAUUAUUAUUAUUAUUACUACUACUAUGGUAUACGUAAAAAAAAGUGCUGAUCAAAUAGCUGAUUUUCGUGAAGAAGUAGGUAAUUUAUUUUUAGGUAAGAUUAGAGAUUUCAAUGACUAAGAAGCAAGCUAAGGAACAAUGAAACCAAAUAUUAGGUCCAUGCCAUAAAAACCAAAUGAAACUAACCAGUUUGUGUUCAAAUUGCUAUGAUCGUAAUUUGUUGUUGAUAAUCCCGAUUAUAUUAAUUAAUUUAUUCAUUUGCAUUCAACCUUUUUUCGUUUCGUUUUCCAAAACUUCACUUUUAAAUUUUGCCAUAAUAUAGUAUUUCGAAUAUAAUCAAGAAUAAAUUGAUUUUUCUUCAGAAUCCCAUCAUCAAACUGUGCGAAUUUUACAGUGCAAACCAGUGCUUCUAUUUUUUUAAUCAAUGUUUUAUUUAUUCUUUUACUAUUUCUAUUACAGGGCGUGUUUUUUCAUCACUGUCACAGGGUGUUUGAAAAUACCAGCCUUCUAUCGGACAUUAUUCGAACAUUUGUAUACCAUAUUUUUUACUUGCAAAUUUAUUCAAUGAUCCAGUUGCCAAAUGAAUUUAUUACAUUGAAAGCUUUUUUGCAAAUCAGGUAUAAAAGCUCAAUACUAAUAAGCUUUCGAGAAAAAUUCUUUACACAUUACCGAAAUUCCAUUAUAAUUCGAAAAUCUUGACUGUACAAGAAGAAAAAAAAAUUUCCUCAUUAUUGUCGAUUAUCUCUAUUGGCUGGUAUCCGAAAGGUAGUCAUUUUCCACAUGAUUUCUAAUAGUAACUCAUAUGAUUCAACUUGAAAUUGUUAUUAAUUGACACAACUGAUUAACAAUAAAGUUUAUCAUCAUUUUCGUGACGUGUAUCAUGAUCGCAUGGGUAUUACUUUGUGUGGUAAUGUGUGAUCAAAAAUUAUUAGGUUCUACAUUCCUAUGGAGCCGAUGUGGCCCGGUUUCAACGAAGUUGAGUGUUGUAUUUCUUAAUGUUUUGACUAUUGUAUAUAAAGUUUUACAUGACAAGCGUGAUAUUAUACAUGACUUAUGUGACUGGCAUUAUCGACUAUUUUCGCGCGUUGCACACGACAUGGUAACGGAUAAAGAAAUUUGUAUUAAAAUAUUUUGAAACACUACAUACAUAUAUACGUACAAUAUAUAUAUAUAAUUAUUUAAUAUUCAUCAAACUUGUGCUAGGCUAAUCAACCUAUUUAUAUACAUUAUUUAUAUAUAUAUUAUAUCUAUAUAUAUAUAUAUACAUAUACACACACACACACACACAAACAUAUGUAUAACUUAUACGUAUACAAUGAUAUGUGUAUAGUUAGAAGUGUACCAUGUAAACAAAGUACGCAUUUAGAAACUUUUGUACGAGUAUAGAAUAAGGAUAUCUAACAAACCUUACGUCUACACAAAUCAGGAUCAUAAGAAUUGUAUAUUGUUGUAUUGUAUAUAAGUAAAUAAACUGUUGUAUAAUAUAAGCUAUAUUUGCAACAAAG